AUGAACCAGAAGAUUAGCAAUAUGGUCCACUUUAUCGAUGCUGAGACGGAUAGAACAAUCGCCCAACUCCGUAAGGUGGCGGAGCAGACUGCCACUGUGUCGUAUGACCAAAUACUCAACACGGAUACGUCUAAGGUUGUGGCAAAAGUCCAGGAGAUGCGUCUCGCAGAGGAGCACAAGAGGCAAGUGGAAAUCUCCCGCUUAAUUAGCAAGGCUCGCCUGAGUGUCCAAGACGCACAGUACAAAAAGUACAAGGACCUCAGGGCCACGUGUGUAAAAAAGCUUGAGGAGUUUACUAAGAACACAGCCGAAUACACGAGGACCAUGCGAACCAUCCUGAGUGAAGCAGUGGAAUGUUGCAAUCUGACUCACGCAUCGAUACAGCUGCUGCCGCGUGACUCUGGAGCGCUCAUUGCAAUCUCUGACCAAAUACCCUGCAAGAUUGUUCUCGACAAGCAGGUUCUUCCAGACACUGCCAUUGGGGGCUUCAUACUGCGUUCUGAGGAUGGAAGGGUUUGCAUAGACUGCACCCUGUCAGAAAGACUCGAACAGGGGCUCAAGUGCAUGGAGCCCACGAUAUUCAAGGCACUGUUCCCCGCAUCCGUAGGUCUCUGGGAAGACUGA